UGAUAAUGAAUAUUCGUAUAGUAUUGUUAAGCUAUGUAAAGUCGAGAGAACUCAAAACGUAAACAUUCGAAUGAUUAACGGAAGUGAUUUUCCAACUCUUGAAAAUCGCAUGAAUUAUAAACUAUUACUGGGUGAAACAGCAGCUUUACGAUUAAAAGGAAACGAUGGAACACAUAUAGUAUCGUCCAUUACUACCGGAGACUGUAUAAUUCAGGUUUAUGUUAACAAAGCAGAGAAGUGUAAUUUAACAGAUGACAGCCAACAGAAAGAGAGUUUCGACGGUUUUUUCGAAUCUUCUUUACAUAGAAGCCGCGUUAUAAUUGCCAGUAAUAAGCGCGAUCUCGAAAAUAUGAUCAAUGAUGACUUGCUUAAUUCUGGAAGAUCACUUGUCAAUAUAAGUAAUGAUCCAAUAGCUUACCCCAGUAUUUUCAAUCAUCUGAUGCGAAACGCUGUUGUUCGUAUUAAAUUACAUUCACUACCUGAAUUACCAGAAUCACUAAUCAGAUCAGUAAAGAAUCCAAUUACUCAUAAAACUUUGGUGGAAUAUCUAAAACCAGGUGAUAUUAUCAAUGAUUUCGAUUUAAAAGCUAUUAAUUCAUCUAUUACUGUUGAUAAUAUGCUAGUUGACGUAUACGAUGAAACAGUUAACAGAUCGACGACGUUCAAAUAUACUGAUUGUUUUAAGUACGACGUCAAUGCCAUACCAGUACUGAAUUAUGUCACUUAUAAAACAUACCCUCAUUAUUUGGCUGAAUCUUAUUAUAAAUUUGACUUAUUUGACGAAAUGGUUAAACGCAAACACUAUGGAAUUGAUCGCAAAUAUUUAAAUAAUAAUUACAAGUGUAUGAAGAUUACCGUUUGCUCUGAAUUUGAAAGACGAAAAUUAAUUAUUCCGUCUAUUCGUGUCAUUAAUUUGGAUAAACAGACCGUUAGUGAUUCAAAUAUUUUUUACAAUGAAAAUGUCGUCCUGCGCUAUAAGAUAAAUAAUGAAACGCACUACGUUGCUCGUACAGAAAAAGGCAAUUGCUUGUUCCAGGCAUUGGUGUUUCCAAAUGACGAUAUAAAUCGUGAAUACAAUCCACUAAAUUUAUAUCCUCUAUACACAGGCAAAAUAAUAUCAGCAACUAACGAUCCUGUAUUUGAAGAACAGGCAGAAAAUUUUCUCAGUAAUCUGACAGUAGUUCACUCGAAAACUCUUAUAGAUUUAAUAAAUGAUCCUGAGGCUAAAUCAUCUUUUUUCUCACAAUUUGCUUAUAAUAACCGUAAUGUUACUCUCAUAAAUAUCUAUUUAGAUGAUUUGUAUUGACUUUAAAAUUUAAUAAUUAAAAAUUCGUUAGAUAUAAUAAAGACCAACGUCAAUUAUUCAUUCUUUAUAU